GUUUAGUCUUAGUGAGAGUUCAGUGGAGGAAGGGUGUGUGUUGUGUAUGUGUGUGUGCCCCCCACGCGCCCAACCUCUCUUCAUGCAACCGUCUGCCGAUCAGUCAUCCUAGGCUAGUGUUAAUCUAUGGGAAGGCCGACCAUGUGCGGGCCACUCCGGGGGGCCGUGCUGGUCCUCACUUUAGGGGUCCUCGCCUCAGCGCAACUCAAGCAGGAAGAAGACAUUUUCCACUGUCCUGAGGGUUGGGAGUUACGGGGCCAGCAAUGCUACAGGUUCUUCGACAUCAGGCAUUCGUGGGACAAGGCGGCCCAGCUAUGCAAACGGUUCGGGUCAGACCUGGUGCUGGUGGAGAGCUACGACCAGAACAAUUUCACCAAUACGCUAGCGGGCCGCGAGCUGAGCGAGGAGGAGCACAGUUACUGGCUCGGCCUUGUCUCCCUCAACGACCUGUCCACCAAUACCUUAGGCAGCGCUAGCGGCAAGCACGUCUCCCUCUACUCAGGGUUCUGGGCGCAGGGUCAGCCGCAGGUGUCAGCUGGGGAGUGCGUGCGUGCGCGACUCGCCGACCAGCACCAGUCAUGGGAACUGAGCACCUGCGAGAACCUGCUGCCCUUCAUGUGCCGCGUCGAGGCCUGCACCCGCGGCGCCGUCCACUGCUCCAACGGCCGAUGCGUCAACAAGGAGUUCCUUUGCGAUGGCCAGAACGACUGCGGGGACAUGUCAGAUGAGACGGACUGCCCCAACCGAUGCCACUUCUACAUGCGCACUUCGGGAGCCUCCAUCGAGAGUCCGGCGUACCCCAAGAAGUACGGGCCGAACCUGGACUGCAAGUGGACGCUGGAGGGACCCGUCGGCCACAACAUCGUCCUCCAGUUCUUCGAGUUCGACACCGAGAAGAACUUCGACACGGUGCAGAUCCUGAGUGGCGGACGCACCGAGGACUCCGCUGUGUCCCUCACGACGCUCUCCGGACGCCAGGAUCUCGCUGACCGACUCUUCAUCUCGGCUUCGAACUUCAUGAUCCUCAAGUUCAGAACCGAUGCCUCAGUGGAGAAGAGAGGGUUCAGAGCCUCAUGGAAGACGGAGCCCCAAGACUGCGGGAAGGAGCUGAUCGCCACGCCCCAGGAGCAGGUUAUGACCUCCUACAACUACCCGCUCUUCUACCCUGGCGGCCUCGAGUGCCUCUACCUCAUCAAGACGCAGAAGGGGCGCGUCAUCACCCUCGAGAUCCUGGACUUCGAUCUGGAAAAUGAGAAGGACUACAUCUUGGUGCGUGAUGGUCCCUCGCCCUCGGACUCCCUGCUGGCCAGACUCACGGGGCCGCAGAAGAACAACCCGCGCUUCGUCGUCUCCACCAGCAACAUCAUCUACUUCUACUUCUACACCAGCCUCGGCAUUUCACACAGGGGCUUCAGGAUCAGGUACUACUCUGGGUGCUCCGUGACCCUGGACGCCACUCAGGGCACCAUCACCUCCCCGGCGUUUGGCAUCAAGAACUACCCCAACAACCAGGAGUGCCGCUACCUCCUGAGGCGUCCUGGAGGCGGCCCGCUGUCCCUAAAGUUCAACAGCUUUGACGUGAAGGAGAAGGACACCGUGCGAGUCUACGAUGGCAAGACGUCCUCGGAGGGAAUUCGUCUUCACUCCGGCGCCGGGUUCUCCUCCAACAACCCGCCCACCAUCACCCUCACCGCCGCCUCGGGAGCCAUGGUGGUGCUCUUCAACUCAGACCCGCUGCGUGCUGCCAGGGGAUGGUCUGCUAACUUCUCUGCUGACUGUCCUGCGCUAGUGGCCGGGGAGGGCGCCAUCGCCUCCUCCCGGGACACCUCCUUCGGCAGUGAGAUCACCUUCACAUGUCCGCUGGGUCAGGAGUUCGCCAACAACCGCUCGUCCAUCGUCACCGAGUGUCAGCCUGGCGGAUCCUGGUCCAUCGACUACAUCCCCAAGUGCCAAGUGGUGUACUGCGGCCCGGUGCCUCAGAUCGACAACGGCUUCAGCAUCGGCGCCACUAACGUCACCUACGAGGGCCAGGCCACCUACCAGUGCUACGCCGGCUUUGGCUUCCUCAGCGGCCAGCCCACCGAGUCCAUCAUGUGCACAGACAAGGGACACUGGGAGAGGCUGCCGGAGUGCAUGGCCUCCCAGUGCCCUCCCCUGCCCGAGACACCCCAUGCUGAUGCGGACAUCCUCAACGGGGGUGGACGCAGCUACGGCACAGUGGUGAGGUUCGAGUGUGAGCCCGGCUACUACCGCACCGGCCUGCCCGUCAUCCACUGCAUGUCCAAUGGCUCCUGGUCUGGCGCCGUCCCCACCUGCUCCAGAAUCAGGUGUUUCGAGUUCCCUGAGAUUGAAAACGGGUUCGUGACUGACGUGUCGCGGGACUACUACUACGGGGACGAGGCGCGUGUGCAGUGUCAUCGCGGCUACCGUCAAGUGGGCUCAUCCAUCAUCAGCUGCGGCCCCGAGCUGAAGUUCAUCAACCUGCCAAUGUGUCAAGACAUCAAUGAGUGUGAGGCUGCCCAGUGUGACGCCGCCUCCACGGAGUGCCACAACACCCCCGGCGCCUUCUCCUGCAAGUGCAAGGACGGCUUUAGGCCCAACCUUGACUGUCGGCCACGAGGAGACUUGGGCGUGUCUGAUGGUGGGAUUCCUGACGAUGCCAUCUUUGUGUCCUCAACGGCCGCUGGUUAUGAGAAAAAUACGGUGCGCCUCAACUCUCAGCUGGGUUGGUGUGGUGCUGUGCCUGUGCCUGGCCGUAACUGGGUCAUGGUUGACCUGCGGGUGCCCACCGUCAUCAUUGGCUUCCGCACACAGCCGGUAACUCGCACGGAUGGUGAGAUCGCUUUUGCCAAGUCCAUUCGUCUGCAAUACACAGACGACCUCACAGAUGUGUUCCGCGAGUACACCAACAACGAUGGUUCACCUGUUGAGUUCCGCAUCACCUCAGGUGCCUCGCUCUCAGUGGUAAACCUGCCCACGCCUGUCGAGGCGCGCUACAUCCGCCUCAACAUUGCUGACUAUGAAGCGGCCCCAUGCCUGAAGUUUGAGCUGAUGGGUUGCGCUCGUCAGGACUGUACAGACAUCAAUGAGUGUGCUGACAGCAACGGCGGUUGUGACCAGCGCUGCAUCAACUCUCCAGGGUCUUUCUCAUGCCUUUGCAAUGUAGGCUAUGACCUCUUCACUAAAAAUGGCACUGCUGGCUUCUACAUUGAAGAAUCUGAGACUGGCCUGAGGGACGGAGACCGGUACCAGCUGAACAAGACCUGUGUGCGCAAGAUGUGCCCAACACUGACCUCCCCGGAGAAUGGUGUGCUGCUGGACACCCGCAAAAUGUUCCACUUUGGCGACAUGGUCUCCUUCCAGUGCAACUUUGGCUACGUGAUGGUGGGCACAGACACGCUCGUCUGCGGCAGCUCUGGUGUGUGGAAUGGCACCCUGCCAGAGUGUCGAUAUGCAUCUUGUGACCUCCUUCCUGAUGACCCUGCCCAAGGUCUCACCAUUAGAGGGGCAGAUACCGAGGUUUCCCUCCUUCCCUUCAUGGAGAAUGUGACCGUCAGCUGUGCAGCAGCAGGUCGCCCACUGCGGAACACCCUCACCUCUGGCUUCCGUCAGUGUGUGUACGACCCCCUGGAGGGGAGGACCGACUACUGGCUGUCUGGCGUCAUUCCUGAGUGCCCUCGUGUAGACUGUGGUGAACCUGCUGAAACUCCAGGAGCCACAUACGGCUUCACUCCUGACACACAGUUCCAGUCCUCGUUCUUCUUUGGGUGUGAGGAAACCUUCAGUCUGGCGGGUCAGACAAGCCUCAACGACAAUGCUGUCCGCUGUCAGGAUGAUGCAACCUGGGACUUCGGUGACCUGCGUUGUGAGGGUCCCGUCUGCACUGACCCUGGGCACCCCCCUGAGGGCACACAGAUUGCCACCAGCUAUGAGCAGGGGUCCAAGGUGUCCUUUGAGUGCACACGUCCCGGCUUCAUCCCCAUCACUGACGACCCCAUCACCUGCGUGAGGGAGCCGGAGUGCCGCGUCGUAGCACCCAUUGGCAUCACUUCUGGCAAGAUCCCAGCGUCUGCUAUCAAUGCCACCUCCCAGAGAGUUAACUAUGAGGCUCACCACAUCAACCUGAACUCUGCCACGGGCUGGUGUGGCCAGCAGGAGGCCUUCACCUACGUGGCCGUGGACUUGGGUUUGGUGCACCGCAUCAAGGCCAUGCUGGUGAAGGGUGUGGUUACCAACGACGUGGUGGGGCGGCCAACAGAGAUCCGCUUCUUCUAUAAGGAAAAUGAGGCAGAUAACUAUAUUGUGUAUUACCCGAACUUCAACUUGACUGCACGUGACCCCGGCAACUAUGGCGAACUGGCCAUGAUCACGCUGCCCACCGUGGUGAAGGCGCGUUUUGUCAUCCUGGGCAUUGUGAGCUACGACAAGAACCCGUGCCUCAAGUUUGAACUCAUGGGCUGCCAGGACGAGCCGGCCAGCCAGCGCCUGCUUGGCUUCGACAUGGGCUACCCGUGGUGUGUCGACAAUGAACCGCCACAGUUUGCUGAUUGUCCCAUCAACCCCAUCGUCGUGCAGAAGAACGUGGACGGCUACCAGGCCGUUAACUUCACAGUCCCCAAGGCCUUUGACAACUCUGGUGGCAUUGCCAGACUUGAGGUGCGGCCCCCAGGGUUCUCACUGCCAAAGUUUGUUCUUGAGGACAUGAUGGUGGAGUACCUCGCCUUUGAUUUUGAUGGUAAUGUUGCCAUCUGCCAGAUCAACAUCACAGUGCCUGAUGACACCCCGCCAGCCCUCACAUGCCCUCAGAGCUACGUCAUUGAGUUGGUGGAGCAGCAGGAGAAUUACCGUGUCAACUUUAAUUCGUCCAUCACACUGAGCAGUGUCAAUGUUAGUGAUAACAGCGGCGAAUACGCACUGCAGGUGAGACCAGAAGUGGCUCUCAUCAGGGUAGGCGGCUAUGAAAAUGUCAGUGUCAUUGCUACCGACCCGUCAGGCAACACUGCUGCCUGCAGCUUCCAGGUAGCUGUGCAGGCCACAGCCUGUGUGGACUGGGAGCUGGAGCCACCAGCCAAUGGGCGGCUUAACUGUGCUACUACUGUUGUUGAGGGUGUGCAGUGCAUAGCCACCUGUGACGAGGGCUUCAGGUUCACAGACAACAUGCCCACCAAGACCUUCACGUGUUCACAGGAACUCUCAUGGCAGCCGACACGUGUUGUACCAGACUGCGUCAGCGAAGACACAGCACAGGCAAGCUACGACGUGAUGGCCAGUGUUUUAUACCGUGCCAAUGGGGCUGUGCAGCCCACCUGCCUGCCACAGUACCAGUCCAUGCUGGAACAAUACUACGAAAGCCUCAACGGAGUCCUCUCAGGCCGUUGCUCUGCUGCCUUUAACGUGGCCAUCGAUUUGUUCUUCCACGACACUCACCUUGAGCUGACUGAAGAAAACGUGGUCACUGUGGAGUAUGUGGUGCGUCUGACGCCGGAAGUGAAACAGAAGGAGCUGUAUGACCUGUGCGGCUCAACACUGAAUCUCAUCUUUGACCUGAGUGUACCUUCUACCUCAGCUGUCAUUGAACCAAUCCUCAAUUUGAAUUCUGCUGGCAACUCUUGCCCACCCAUGCGUGCCCUCAAUUCCACUGUGACACGAGGUUUCACCUGCAACACCGGCGAAGUGCUCAACACUGAGACCACGGGGGUGCCCCGCUGCCUGCAUUGCCCUGCAGGAACCUUUGCUCCCCGGGACGAGGGGAUGUGCUCACCAUGCAAACAAGGAUUCUACCAGGACCUGAGCCGCCAGGGUGCCUGCAAGCAGUGUCCGCCUGGAACCUACACCCGUCACGAGGGCAGCAAGACCCAGAUGGACUGUGUGCCUGUGUGUGGCUAUGGAACUUACUCUCCCACUGGCCUGGUGCCGUGUCUCAACUGCCCCCACAACUCUUUCACUGAGAUGCCCCCGGUGGAUGGCUUCAAGGAGUGCCAGAACUGUCCUCCAGACACCUUCACUCAUGCCGCCGCCACGUCCUCGCAGCAGCUGUGCCGCCGCAGGUGUCGUCCUGGGACCUACUCAGACACUGGCCUGGAGCCCUGUGCUCUCUGCCCCGUUAACUUCUAUCAGCCCUUCGAAGGCCACACGUCAUGCCUGGAAUGCUCCACUGGGAAUCGCACUGUAAACCCCGGCUCAUCCUCCUCUGACAGCUGUCUGCCCGUCACAUGCACCGAGGGCACCUGUCAGAACGGCGGGUUGUGUCUGGCACGGCAGCACCAGGUUCAGUGCUACUGCCCAGCAGGGUUCAUUGGCAGGUUCUGUGAGAUAGACGUGGAUGACUGUGCCUCAGAGCCUUGCCUCAAUGGUGGCGCCUGCGUCGACCUUCCACAGGCUUACUACUGUGAGUGUGCAGAGGGCUACAGUGGCCUGCAGUGCCAGGAUGAGGAAUCUGAGUGUGUAGAGGGUGCCUGUCCUGACCGCGCCAUGUGCAAAGACAACCCUGGUCUGGACUCUUAUGAAUGCCUGUGCCGUUCUGGGUACACAGGUCCCAGCUGUAACAUCACUGUCAACCCCUGCACGGAGCAAGGCAACCCCUGCGCUAACGAUGCCGUCUGUAUAGCGCUGGAACAGGGACGCUUCCGCUGCGAAUGUCAGUCUGGCUGGGAGGGUCGCCUCUGUGAGACCAACAUCGAUGACUGUGCUGACGUCCCGUGCCUGUUGGAUGCCAACUGCACCGAUCUUGUCCAUGAUUUCAGCUGUGACUGUCCCAGCGGCUUCACAGGGAAGAGGUGUCACAUCAAGGUGGAUCUUUGUGAGCCCACCCCAUGUGCCAAUGGUAUCUGCGUGGACCGAUUCUUUGAACACGAGUGCAUCUGUCAUCCGGGCUGGACGGGUGAGCAGUGUGACAUUAACGAAGACGACUGUGCCUCCAACCCCUGCCUGAACGGUGCACAGUGCCUGGACGAGGUGAACGGCUUCCGGUGUGCCUGUGACACCGGCUACACUGGAACCACCUGCCAACACACCAUUGAUGACUGUGUCUCCAAGCCCUGCCAGAACGGCGGCACCUGUGUGGACGAACUGGAUGGCUUCACCUGUGAGUGUCGACCAGGCUUUGUGGGGCUGCAGUGCGAAGCAUCCAUCGACGAGUGUAUCAGCAACCCCUGCAACCCCGAGGGCACCGCCAAGUGCCUCGACCUGGACAACAUGUUCCGCUGCCGCUGCCAUCCAGGCUAUGAGGGCGAGUUCUGCGAGCACAACAUCAAUGAGUGUGCUUCUAAUCCUUGCAUGAACAGCGCUGUCUGCAUUGACGGUGUGAAUGACUUCUCCUGCUCCUGCAAGCCGGGCUGGACCGGGAAGCGGUGCGAGUCUGACAUUGGUGGCUGCGAGGACCUGCCGUGUCUCAAUGCUGCCCAGUGCAUCAACCUGUUUGAGGACUACUUCUGUGUCUGCCCCUCAGGCACUGAUGGCAAGCGCUGCCAGGUAACACCUGAGCGGUGUGUGGGUAACCCUUGCAUGAAUGGAGCUUCCUGUCAGGACUUUGGCUCUGGACUGAACUGCACCUGCUCCCGGGACUACACAGGCGUGGGCUGCCAGUAUGAGUUUGAUGCAUGCGAGGCAGGACUGUGUAAGAAUGGGGCCACCUGUGUAGACCGUGGGCUCGGGUAUGAGUGCGUGUGUCCGCCAGGAUUCACGGGCAGCCACUGUGACCAGGACAUCCAGGACUGCACUCAAACCUCCUGCCCACCAGGAGCAACCUGCAUUGACCUCACCAAUGACUUCUACUGCAAGUGUCCCUUCAACCUUACUGGAGAAGACUGCAGGAAGGUCAUCAACAUCGACUACGAAUUGUACAUCAAUGAUGAAAGUAAGGCCUCCAGCGCUUCCCUCGCCACGCCUUUUGAGCUGGGUGAGCCUGCCUCCUUCACUCUCGCCUUCUGGGUGCAGUUUGCUAAUCAGGACGACCUCGGCACCAUCUUCACGCUGUACUCUGUCUCGAGCCCGUACGUGCCUGCUAACAAGCGGGUGCUGCUGCAGGCCACCAACGCCGGCAUAGCCAUCGAGUUCUUCGAGGACAUCAAGGAGUUCGUGACGUACCGCACCAACAUCCCAGUGAAUGACGGCCAGUGGCACCACGUGGCCCUGGUGUGGGACGGCAUGACCGGAACAGUCACCCUCACCACCGACGCCGUGGUGGUGGCGCAGGUCGAGGACUUUGGUCAGGGCCGCCACCUGCCCAUGUACGGCUGGGUCACACUUGGGUCGGUUGAGUCAGAAUUCAGUGGCUACAAGAAUGAGCGAGGCUUCCACGGCCGCAUUGCUCGCCUCAACGCCUGGAACAGACCCCUUGACUUCAGGGCCGAGAUUCCAAAGAUGGUUCGGUCAUGCAUGAACUCCCCUGUGAUGUUUGAGGGUCUGUUGCUGCGGUGGACCGGCUACGACAAGGUGAUAGGCAAUGUGGAGCGCAUUGGACCAUCCACCUGUGGGCAGUACGUGUGUCCUCCAGGCUACACGAGGGACUGCAUGGUGCUGGAGGUGGACAAGACUCCGCCCCGCGUGGACCACUGCCCUGGCAACAUGUGGGUCAUCACGCACAAUGGCUCGGCGGUGGUGGACUGGGAUGAGCCACUUUUCAGUGACAACGUUGGCAUCACCAGCCAGGUUGACAAGUCCGGCUACUCUCCAGGACAGGCCUUCUCUUGGGGCACCUACGAUGUGGCCCGAGUGGCUUAUGACGCUGCAGGGAACUCUGCCACCUGCUACUUCAAGGUGUACGUGUUGGAGGACUUCUGCCCCAAGCUGGAGGACCCUGUGGGAGGCGUCCAGCGCUGCACUGACUGGGGUCCCGGUGGCAGGUUCAAGGUGUGCAAGAUCGAGUGUAACGAGGGACUCAAGUUCUCCACUGAGGUGCCAGACUUCUACACUUGUGGUGCCGAGGGCUUCUGGCGCCCCACCCAAGACCCCACCGCCCAGCUGGUGUACCCCGCCUGUGCCCCGGCCAGCCCCGCCCAGAGGGUGUUCAACAUCAACAUGCAGUUCCCAUCCUCUGUCAUCUGCAACGCUGCUGGACAGAACGUGCUGAGUGAGAGAAUCAGACAUGCUCUCAACAAACUCAACUCAAAAUGGAGCUUCUGCACGGAGACGGCAGCCUCCAACGGGGCGUGCAUUGGCCUGGAUGUUCUGGUGGACUGCUCAAGGAGGAACAGGAUCACCAGGGAGGCACCGGAGGAGGAGAGGGAGAAGCGUCAAGCCACCCCUGAUAGUGAUGAUGUGUAUGAAGUCAAGAUCACCUUCCCCUCAGUCAAUGACCCCAUCCAGAGGCCAGAUGCACAGAUUGAGUCCACGGUGAGGCAGGUGAUUGAGUCCAUCAUCCUGGAGGAAGACCAGUUUGAUGUGCGUGACGCCCUGCCCAACGUGGUGCCCGACCCAUCCUCCCUCCAGCUGGAAUCAGAAUAUUCAUGCCCAGUUGGCAAGGUGGUGGUAGACAAUGAGUGUGUGGACUGUGCUACUGGUUCAUACUACAAGUUGGAGAUCAGGACCUGUGAACCCUGUGAGCUGGGCUCAUACCAAAAUGAGAUUGGGCAGGUGGCAUGCAAGCCCUGCCCACAGCGCGCCGGGCGUCCGGGUGUCACGAAGAACACUGGCGCUCGCUCGGUGGGCGAGUGCCAGGAGCGUUGUGCUGCUGGAAGGUACUUUGAUGAUGAAGUUGGUUUGUGCCGCUCCUGUGGUUAUGGCUACUACCAGAACGAGGAAGGCAAGUUCUCAUGCAAGCGAUGUGACCGCGGCCUCACCACCCGCACCAGAGAGGCCGUGUCUGCUGCUGAGUGCCGUGAAGAGUGUGAGUCUGGCCUGCAGCUGGGUAAGACUGGGCCCUGCGAGCCCUGCCAGAGGGGCACAUACCGCACCAAGGGCAUCCACGCUGCCUGUGUAGCAUGCCCGAAGGACCGUACCACCCUGGGGCCGGGUGCGUCCACCGCUGAGGAGUGCUCCCUUCCCACAUGUACUGCUGGCACCUUCCUUUCCAGCAUCAGUGGGCAACACGAGUGUCUCAAGUGUCCUAAAGGCACAUACCAGCCAGAGGCACUGCAGACCUCCUGCAUUGACUGCCCACAGGACACCUCCACCCGUGAUGUGGGCGCCACCUCCCCCGACGAAUGUAACAACCCCUGUGAGGUGCACGGCGAACAGAUGCUGUGUGACCCCAAUGCUAUCUGUCUCCUGAUCCCUGCCACCAAUGACUUUGUGUGUCAGUGUAAGCCAGGCUUCAAUGGCACUGGAGAAUAUUGUAAUGACAAGUGUGAGAACUUCUGCCAGAACAACGGUGUGUGCAAGAAGAACGAGGAAGGGGAGCCGUACUGUGUGUGCUCUGGCUCCUUCACCGGCAACAAGUGUCAUAUCAAGAGUGACUUCACCUACAUUGCUGGCGGCAUCGCUGGGGCUGUUGUGUUCCUCAUCCUCAUCGUACUGCUCGUCUGGAUGAUCUGUAUCCGUGCCACCAGGAGGAGGGAGCCCAAGAAGAGCUUCCUCGCCCAACCGUCAGUCGACCCCAACGGCUCACAGGUGAACUUCUACUACGGAGCGGCAGCACCCUACGCUGAGAGCAUCGCUCCCUCUCACCACUCCACCUACGCCCACUACUACGACGAUGAGGAGGACGCCUGGGAGAUGCCUAACUUCUACAAUGAGACUUACAUGAAGACUGGAUUCCAGAAUGGUGCCGGAAACAGCCUUGCUCGGUCCAACGCCUCCAUCUAUGGCAACAAGGAAGACCUGUACGACCGUCUCCGCAAACACGCUUAUCAGGGGAAGAAAGAUAAAGAUGAGACAGGGGACAGUGACGACCAGGCCCGUUGAAAAAGGGUCAAGUUGUAGUAAGAAAGAGAAAACUGGUGCUCACAUAGGGAGACCACAGCUAUGCCUUCCCUGUUGUCAAAUUUCUUCACUGAGUAUUACGUACACUGUCAGCUUUGAGAAACAUGGCAUUAUCUCCUACAUAUCAGCAGCCAUUAACCACGACCAUCACUCUUUAAGAUGCCUUCACGGAUAGCAGCUGGGACUCACUAGCUGCCCUGUCCUCUCAUUUAUUAAUAAUGCUCACCACUGGAACUGAAUGUGUAAUAUGAAUAGGACUGAGAUAAAGGAUUGACCUAUUUUUUAUUAUUUUUUUCAUGGGGGUUUAGUUUGACCUUUUAGCUGGCAGGAGGUGGGGAGGGAGCCGUCAUCUGGGAUGUAAUUACAGGUGAGAAGGAUGGCCUGCUCCGCCCCCACCUCAGGUAUUCCACUCGGAAGUAAUAACGUUGAUGAGGUGACUAGUAAUUUUGUCGAACUCAGGUGUGUGUGAUUAGCGUGCUCGUGUGUGUGUGUGUGUGUGUGUUGGGAUACCUUUGAGAACCAUUCUUUUAUAUAUACACGAUGCACUUUUCCCUUUUUGCAUACUAUUUAUUCAUGGUAGGAGACGAUGCCACAGAACCAGCGUGUGUGGGUGCUGCGUGUAUUUGGCCGUGCAUGAGUGUGUCUGCCGAGUGGAGGGAGAAUGUUGUGAGGGAGUGAAUCGUGAAUGUGCAUUUUCUUUACUGAGUUCCCGGACGUGUGAGGAUACAUUUUGUUUUAUUAUUUUUAUAUGUAAUUUCCCUAGUAAGUAUGAGACCAGUUGAGGCGCGAGAGUUGUGUAUGUAUAAUUGCUUCUAUUAAUGCGAAAAGUCUUUUUUAUUUGUUUUUUUAGGAUACCCUCCGUCCCGCUCAAGACUGUGAAUAAAAUAAUGUUUUUGUCAAAUAUAUGUAUAAUGUAAUAUUAACAAACCUAACUGUAAGACUUACUCCAAUAAACAUGAUUGUGUAUAA